AAUAGCCUAAAAUAAAAAAGUAUUUGCUCUACCAUAAAAAACCAAAUACAAUAUAAUGCUAAUUUGUUAAACAAUCAGGAAUAACCCCAUUGGUUGUUUUUAGAAUCAUUUACAUAUUGCGGUCUAUAAGUAAGCCCGGAAACAUCUAGGCAGCCUCUCUUCGCUUUUCCCCGUCAAGGCCCAGAUAUUUUGAAAAUAUAUGGUAAGUACUUUUAUUUUUUUAUGUUAUAAUAGCAUAUAGUUAGUUAAUGCUGCUUGAUGUGUGUGUGUGUGUGUGCGUGUUAAAUAACCUCUAUGCAUCUGUGUUUUUCUAUUAUGUAAUUAUUUAGAAGCUUUAAUGAAGUAUCGUUCUAAGUACAAAUAAUGUGGUGUACAUUUUUUUACUAUAAGUGUAUUUAGCUAUAUUUCUUAAAAAUCAAAUAUGUUCUUUCAGGUGUAAGUAUCCAGAAUAACGUACUCACUUGUUUUAAAAAGGUGGUGCACCCCUCCGGCGGCCUGCAUGGUCUCAGCUCAGCACAGAUCUGUUCAACAAGUCAUCUCAACACAGACGGUGUUUUUGACAAUUCAAACCUACCAGAGCAAUUGAAGGGGAGGACCCCGUUAUCAAAAGGACAAACGCUGUUUGUUAAGGUCUGCUUUAAGGCCACACCAUCUGAAUAAGCUACACGUAGAUCACAUGUAAAACUGUUAUUGAUGUAUCCGCCAGGUAUGUUGACUUUACGUCCAUGAAUGUUUCUUCAGCGGUGCCACUGAUUUUUUUGUUUUUAUGUUUUUUGCGGGGGUGAUUUCUUAAAAACGGUCAAGCAUGGAUGAUUUUAAAGACGACGAAAAGUCCUUCAUCGAGGGUUUACCUGAUGUAAAUGAACUAUGCAGUGGUGAGGGCUUUGUGUACGAAGACAUGUCAUUUCCACAGUGGUCAGACAGUAACAGUGAGCUAAAUGACACAAUAACAGAUGUACGCGAGCCUACGCCCUUGACAGAAACAAGCCCCUAUACAGAUGGAGAAAGGUCCUUUCUGCAUGUAUUACCGGAUGUAAACGAAUUGUGCAGUGAUGAUGAUGAUGAAUUCAGAUAUAGGGACCUGUCAUUUCCGCAGUGUUCAGGCAGCAACAGUGAGUUAAAUGACGCAGGCUCAGCUGUAAACGAGCCUGCGGCCUUGUCAGAAACAAAUUCAAGCAGUCCAACAAAAACAUUAGACGGUGCCUUGGAUUGGGUGAUAGACUGCUAUGCAGACCGAGGGCUUUUAGAGCAGCCUCUAGACAAUGCCCGCCGUCUGGAUGGACAAAAUAGCGAAGCUUCGCCCCACGCCUGCCUCCCCGUUUCCAGCAUGCAAGAUGACGGGUGUGUUAAUGACAGCUCGAAUGACUCAGAAUCACCCGCUUGCUCCAUGCAAAGUAACAGACAUGUUGAUCAGAAUGACACCCCGAAUGCUUCGGAAUCACCGGGCCCCCUGUCACAGUAUGGAGGAGGAGGCACUAGCAGAGAUGCCGAGCCAAGUGUUAUCUCUCGACCUGUAUUCGGUAACAUAGAAAUGAGACAGUCUCUAGUCCUACCGCCUAUUGGGGGUGAAGCAGACUUUGGAGUCUAUUUUCAGGGUCUGAUGAACAAUGUGCAUAACAUGCGUGCACAUGCUUUUGCACGGGCAGAAAGAGAAGAUAUCAUACAAAUUGAGUUACGUGGUGAAGAACUAAGGGUUAACGUAUCAGCCAUUUUAAAUGGUCCCGAUGAUAAUCUGGAUGAUUUUGAGGAGGGGCUGUUCAAAGCCAUGUAAUCGAAUAUCAUGGUAAUGGCAGAAGGCAACAUGGAGCUCGUGGUUCAAAUUGUUCAGGCCCCCCGUGGGGGGGUUCAGGGUAAACGGAUGAUUAGUAAAAUGUUAGACAGUGAGAUUGUUAAAAAGAAGGCGCGUUUUCUUUACGUUGUUCAGAACUCCUCCAACCAGCUGUGUUUUGCUAUUAAUUUAGCACUGUUGUUACACGAUAACCUCACUGAUAAUGAGGGGGUCAAGCGCGGUAAAGAGAUCCAGAAUAUGGCGGGUUUGACAGCUCAUACAGCUGUGACAUUCAGCGACAUUGAUAAAUUCGAAGACAGCUUAAACUGUAAGAUAGUGGUUUUUUACCGAAACGGUGACGACCGAACCCUUUGUACAUUUCAGACAGACGCCCCCACACGAGACAAAACUGUGUUUUUGUUCCUCCUACACAACCACUACUAUGGUGUUAAGAACUUGAAGGGGUUUUUAGGCUCUCCGUAUGUCUGUGAACAUUGCUAUACAGGGUAUAGUUCUCAAUGGAGUCACUCCUGUACUGGGCAUUGCUAUGUCUGCCUUGACCCCGCAUGCACCCGGGAAGAGUUUAAACCCAUCUUUUGUAAAGACUGCAACAAAACAUGCCGUACAGUCGGCUGUCAUUCUCGACAUAAAGAGCAGAAACAGAGAUCAACAGACAUUGCCAGUAACUGUGAUUUACACAAAAAGUGUGCAGAUUGCCAACUUUCUUACUACACCCCCAAGAGUAAAGCAGAUAAAACACACAAGUGUGUGACGAAAAAAUGUAAGACAUGCAAGGAAAAAUUACCAUCUACUUCUACGCUUGGGUGUGAAAAACAUUUGUGUUACAUAGGAGUGCAGCCUAAAGAGACAGAACACAAUGACAACAUUGUGUUUUAUGAUUUUGAAACAAUGGCGGGGGCAGAUGGGGUACAUAUACCUUUCUUGGUUUGUACAAAAACCUUGGGGGGUGAAAUUUGGGUCGGCGAAGGAAUCGACUGUGCACGGCAGUUUCUGGCACACUUUAGGAGCCCAAAGUUCAAGAAUGCAACAUUCAUCGCGCACAAUGCUAAGGGUUUUGACAGCUAUUUCAUUAUCAACGCAAUGGUUGCACAGGGGCUAAAGCCCCCGUUAACAAUGCAGGGAAGUAAAGUGAUCUCUUUUACUGACGAGGAUUUCGGUCACAGGUACAUAGACUCACUGUCUUAUCUGUCUAUGCGUUUAGCAGACAUGCCAAAAGCUUUGGGGUUUGGAGAUAAAAUCAAGGGGUACUUCCCUCACGGUUUCAGCUCCGAGGCUAACCUGAGUUAUAUAGGCCCUUAUCCACCCGCACGCUGUUAUGGGGUUGAACGCAUGACAACUGGUGAAAAGAGUGACUUUCUCACAUGGUAUGAGACGGUACGCCGGGGCAUUUUUGACUUUAGAGAGCAGGCAUUGCUUUACUGCAAAAACGAUGUGGACAUUCUUGCCCAGGGGGCCGCAUUAUUUCGGAAAGGUUUUCUCGGGGAGACAGGAGUUGAUCCUUUUAGUCGUGCGACUAUAGCUUCUGCCUGUAUGAAAGUUUUUACCACAAACUUUCUAACGCCCAAAACAUUGGCAAUCCCCCCACCCGACGACUACCGCCGUGAAAACAAGACGUACUCAGACGCAGGUAUUCAGUGGCUGGAGUGGGUAGCUCAGACUGCAGGUGUUUUUAUUCAACAUGCGUUGAAUGAAGGAGAGCAACGAGUGGGACGUUUCGUCGUAGACGGGUUUGCCGAAGUUACCGGGGAAAAGAUUGUCUGGGAAUUUCUCGGUUGUUUCUAUCACGGAUGCCCCUCUUGCUAUAAGGGGCAUGAGAAAAAUCCCUUGAUAGGUCACACAUUUGAGCAUCUCCAUGCUGUUAGCGAGGCAAAACUGCAUGAGCUAGAGGCUGUCCAUGGGGCCAAAGUGAACGUUAUGCGUGAGCAUACAUGGGUUGAGAUGAAAAAAUCCAAUCAAGAUUUGAAGGCUUUCCUCAAGGUAUACAAUGCACCAGAACCGCUGACCCCCCGCGAUGCUUUAUACGGGGGAAGGACAUGUGCAGUAAAGUUGAGGCACACAGCCGCGGUAGAUGAAUCGGUUCAUUACUGCGAUUUCACCUCACUCUAUCCUUUUGUAAACUGCACAGGCCUAUAUCCACUUGGACACCCUCAGAUCAUAUUCCGAGAUUUCAAAGACCCUCGCAGUUAUUUCGGGUUAAUCAAAGCCACAGUAGAACCUCCUAGAGGUCUGUACUUUCCUGUCCUGCCCUACCGAACUGCAGCUGGUAAACUGGUGUUCACUCUAUGCCGCACAUGCGCAGAGCUUAACAACCAACAGGGGGCCUGCUUGCAUAGCAAAGAGGAAAGAGCGUUAACAGGGGUUUGGGUGACCCCGGAAUUCACCAAAGCCCUGGAUAUGGGUUACAAGAUGACUCAGAUCACAGAGGUGUGGCAUUUUGAGAAGAAAAGUGACAGCAUUUUUGUAGACUAUAUACACACCUUUUUGAAGGGUAAACAAGAAGCAUCAGGUUACCCUUCAGAGGCCUCAGAUGAUGAGAGCAGACAAAAGUAUGUGGCAGACUAUCAUGCUAAGCAGGGCAUCUUGCUGGAUGCAGAUAAAAUCAAAUCAAACCCCGUCAAAAGACAAGUGGCAAAACUAUGUCUCAACAGUUUCUGGGGUAAAUUUGCCCAGAGAAGCAAUCUGACUCAGACUAAGAUUGUGACCAAAGCCGAAGAAUUUCUUAACCUCUUGUUUUCAGCUAAACAUAAGGUUACGUAUUUCUCAUUCCUCAACCCCCGAACGGCUCUAGUUCAGUGGUGCUACGGGGAAAAUUGUUACUCUACUCCCAACAAGGUGGAUAACAUAUUCAUCGCCGCCUUUACCACAGCGUAUGCCAGGCUGAAACUGUACAGUGAAUUGGAGAAAUUACAGCGCAGAGUAUUCUACUACGACACAGAUAGCAUAAUCUAUGUGACAAGACAAGGAGAGAGCCCCCUACCUAUGGGUGUGUAUCUGGGGGACCUGACAGACGAGCUGGGGGGCGAUACGAUUAAAGAGUUUGUUUCAGCAGGCCCUAAAAGUUAUGCUUAUCAGACCAAAAAUCAAAAAAAAGUUGUGAUGCGCGUGAAAGGCAUCACACAAACGCACGAAUGUUGCAAACGAGUGAACUUUGACAGUCUGGCCGACCUGGUGGAGGGCUACGUUCAAAACUCUGAGAGGGGGAGGGUAAUUGAGGUCCCUCAGCACAGCAUUGUAAGGAAUAAAGAGGUUUUCGCUUUGAGAAAUGUGUCAUUCACCAAAAAGUUCCGAGUUGUGUUUGACAAGAGACGUUUGUUAGCCGGGGGAAAUACUUUGCCUUUUGGGUAUUGAGAAAAUAAUUGACGACAUGUUUUCACCAAGUCAAAUUGAUUUUGACCCCCGACUGCGUGUUCCUUUUUCCUGUCUAGUAGUGGGCCCUAGUGGUUGUGGAAAAACUUUUUUUGUCAAGAAUGUAUUGCAAAAUUGUAUUCACGUAAUGGAUGUACAGCCUCAAAAUAUUGUGUGGAUUUAUACUUCUUUCCAGCCCAUGUAUGCUGAACUGCAGGAAAAGAAUACAAAUAUAAAAUCGUCAAGGGUCUGCCUGAAUCAUUUGAAGAUGAAUCGCUAUUUCCUCCUGACCAAAGUCAUCUGAUUAUAUUAGACGAUGUUAUAUUUCAGGCCUCUGAGCAUCCGGAAGUAGUCAGACUGUUCACCCAAUACCGUCAUCAUAGAAAUAUGAGUGUUAUCAUGCUUACCCAAAAUGUUUUUCACCAAGGAAAAAACAGUCGCACAAUUAGUUUGAAUACUAAUUACAUGGUCUUGUUUAAAAACCCCAGAGACAGAUUACAAAUGAACAUACUUGCUCAACAAAUACACCCUGGUAAUAAAUCAUUUUUCCUACAAAGUUUUGAAGACGCCACCACGGAACCUCACGGUUACUUAAUCGUAGACAUGACCCCCACCUGUCCAGACAUCUACAGGCUUAGAUCGGGAGCACUACCUAAUCAAUGGCUAGUUGUUUAUGUACCAAAAACGAAGACUAGAGAAAAAACAGUAUGUCGGCCCGUUUAAAAAGAAACAUGCCUCUGUUGAGGGCCUUAUGUCAAGCCCCGCCUUCAAAGCGCAAGGAUAUUCUCGAGAACUGCUCCACGGAUUUUCUUCAAUCACUCUGUGAACUGUCUCUAAAUCUUUUAAAAGGUAACAUCCCCCUGUCAGGCAUUCAGUAUAAGAAGCUUAAGAAGCAAAAUACAUUUUUCAAACUCUUGGCCAAUAAAAAGACCAACUUAAAAACUAAAUUCAAGGCCUUAAGAAAGCAAUCUGGAGGUUUCCUACUCCCGCUACUCGGCGCGUUGAUCCCCAUUUUAGGCCAACUUUUAGGAGGGCUAGCUCGACCAUGAGUCAAAAGAUGUUUCUGCUAACACCUCACCAGUUUAAUCAGCUCAAUCAGAAUGGUGUAACUAACCCUCACAGUAAGGAAACAAUUAGACGCACUGCAGAAGAUGUUCUGGAUGAAAAAAUGAGAGCCACCUUAAACGAACCAGGAUUACCCCCUUAUGAAAAAAUCAUAAAAUACAACACCUUGUUACAAAGAUAUCUCACCCUACUCAAACAAGACGGGCUUGAGGAGAGACAUAUUACUCUGACUCUACCUGAAGACACGGGGGUGGUAAAAGGAGAAGAAAAUGAUGGCACGUCCGAUGAUAAAAUAAAAAACGAUGUUCUACUGCACCUCCCUAAGCGUUACCACAAGAAUGCCGAGUACAUUAUGAGGAAAUUAACCACGAGUACAGCUGGAUGGACACCAGUGGGGGAAUUUAUAGACAAGGGGAUUGCCGUUAAAGGCUCCCACGUUUUAGAUUUAUUUAAACAUUUAUCCUGCGCGUAUAAAACAAAUGUCCAGGAGCCUAAAGGCUGGCGGGGUUUUUUAAAUAGUCUGAGUGAGAUCAACAUUCCCUUAACAGCUUUUCAAAACCUUCACGCUCGUGAACAAUAUCGCAUAAUCAAAGAGGGUAAACUAAAUCGAGAAAAUAUCCCCCGAAAAAGAAGAAGAAAAACAUCUCCCGUUACUACUGGGUGGGACACUUUAGGAACAGCUGUAGAACCUCAGAAUGCCCUGCUUAAGAAGAAGAAGAGGAUAAGGCAAGACAGAGUAUUAAGCCCCAGAUGGUUACAUUGAACCCCUUAAGUUGUAUUACAUUUCAUGAUUUCCUAAUAAAGACAGAGUCACCUGAAUUAAUUUUGUCUUCAGACCUUUUUUAUUUCUACAUUUUAUAACAAUCUUUAAACAUUUGUAGCGAACAAACACUGUGAUUAAAAUGAGUGUCUUUAUGACGUCUCUCACACCUCUGGUAUUUUUUCACAAAAUUCGUUACAGCAGCAUCAUUUUUUAUCACAUCAUCUUGGUAUAAAGAUAACACAUUUUCGUAAGACAACCCGGACGCUCUUUUGCAUAGAUAAAAAACACAGUGUUGACCACAGGCUGUAGACAUGACAUUCUGAAGUUGCCGGUUAUGGUAUAAAAUAGUUGCACAUUGUGUUUCUAGAAAUUGCAGGAUGCUUUUAGGAUAAUGACUAAAAUCGGGGGGAAAUCCGAAAGAAUCAAAAAAAGUUCCUUCCCCUUCCUCUAAAGUCACUGCUAGCCAGUGUUAU